UCCGCCCCCUCUACCCAACCCCGGAAUUCUCCUUCUCUGGGCGGUCAGUUUCAGGGACGGGCUAAUUUCACUACUAGAAAGACGUAACACAGGAACAGAGGAAUAACAAAGUACGGCUAUCUCCGCCCUAGUCAGCUUUCGAUUUUGAUAAAUAGCGACGAAGUAGAGCACAGUCGCAUUCAUCUCGUUCAAUCAUAACCAUGGCAGCCCAGGAUUUUAAUAUUUUACUGGCGACAGAUUCAUACAAGGGCUACAACAAAAAUGUGUGCUGUUGAGGGGGUACUUAAGGACUGGAUUUUGGAAACACUGCUAUAGACCUUUGAUUUCUAGCCUAAGGAUCAGUCAUGGCUUUGCCACUAGAUCACACACUACAAGCAGUACCCUCCCAAUGUCAGCAAGGUCUACUCCUACUUUGAGUGCCGCCGAAAAAAGGGGGGCACCCAGUUCAGUGAGAUUGUGUUUUUUGGCCUUCAGUACCUCCUGAAGAAGUAUCUUUCAGGACGAGUCAUCACUGAGGAGAAGAUUCAGGAAGCCAAAGUCUUUUACCAGAUGCACUUUAGACAGACUGUGUUUGAUGAGGAAGGCUGGAGGAAAGUGCUGGAGAAGUAUGAUGGCCGUCUCCCAAUUCGAAUCAAAGCGGUUCCUGAGGGGAAGAUCAUUCCCAGAGGAAACGUCCUCUUCACAGUGGAAAACACAGACCCAGAUUUCUUCUGGCUCACCAACUAUAUUGAGACCAUGCUGGUCCAGAUGUGGUAUCCCAUUAGUGUGGCGACCAUCUCCCGGGAGUUUAAGAAGAUCCUGGCCAAGCACCUGAAGGCCACAUCAGGCAGUCUGGAGGGCCUGGACUUCAAACUGCAUGACUUUGGCUACAGAGGGGUUUCUUCGCAGGAGUCUGCGGCAUUAGGCGGGGCGGCCCACCUGGUGAAUUUCUGCAGUACAGACACUGUAGCAGGGCUACUGAUGGCCCAGCGAUACUACGGCUGCCCCAUGGCAGGCUUCUCUAUGCCUGCAGCAGAGCAUAGUACGAUCAUCUCGUGGGGGCGGAGCAGGGAGAAGGAGGCCUUCGAGAGCAUGCUGGACCAGUUCCCGACAGGGCCGGUGUCAGUGGUCAGUGACAGCUACGACAUCUUCAAGGCUUGUAGAAACAUCUGGGGGGACAAGCUGAAGGAGCGCGUGAUAGAGCGGAGCGAAGACUCCUGCUUGAUCAUCCGGCCUGACUCGGGAGACCCCUCAGAGACCCUCAUCGAGGUGAUAAAGAUUUUGGAGGAGUGCUUUGGUUGCUCUCUGAACUCUCAAGGCUUCAAGGUGCUGCCAUCUUACCUGCGUAUCAUCCAGGGCGACGGCAUUGAUCUCAACUCAGUGGAUGAGAUCCUGGAGAAGUUGAGUGACGAAGGCUGGAGUGCUGAGAACGUGUUCUUUGGCUGUGGGAGCGCCCUCCUUCAGAAGCUCAACAGAGACACACUCAACUGUGCCUUCAAAUGCAGCUAUGUGGAGAUCAAUGGGAAGGGGAUGGAUGUGUACAAGCAGCCUGUGACCGACCCGUCCAAGGGGUCAAAGAGAGGUCUUCUGUCACUUAGGAGAAACUCUGAUGACUACAUUGAGACUGUGGAACGAGGGGUGGGCAAGCCACAGGAGGACAUGCUGGUGAUUGUGUUUGAGAAUGGCUCCAUCGUGCAGGAGUACACUCUGGAGGAGAUCCGGAAGAAUGCUCGGCUCCAAGAAGACUAUAUCGCCCCUUCCCAACACAACCAGGACGAGCCCAAGAGCCUGGAGCUACACCAGAAACACAUAAUGAACGGGGUGCAUUAAGCAACCAACACACCCACCUGUAAAGCAAUGCACUAACUGUCCAAAAACUGGAGGCAUAACGUAUAAUGAACUGGGUUUACUCAUUGCCAGAAGGCCUACUACAGUUCACCAUUAGAGGAGUGCUCUGAUUGUCAGCGAACAUAAGAAUGGUGUUAUUGGAGCUGCACCAUAAGCAAACUGUUUUUUGGGGAUGCAGUAAUCUUCAGCACACUAGAGUCACAUAAUGGACUACUGAUCAUCAACCUAAAUGUAAUUCCUUGUUCAACACUUCAGCCCAUUGGACCAAUGACUGACCUGCUGUGUCAUGGUUUAGACCAUGAGUCUUCUUUGUUGUACUGCUAUGUUUGUCUGAAGAGCACAUAAUAUGCAUCACUAUUUGUGUAAUCAAGGCAGCAUAUGAUAUCGGGCAUUUCAUGGCAACACCUGUUGAGUGGAAGGCUUCAUCUGAUUAAGCUCUAUAGCAGGCUUUGAAGAGCUGAUAUUACUGUUCUAUUUCACUAGAGGUAGAGUUGGUUUUAGAAUCUUGUUUUUAGUCUGUUAAGCAGAAUUUUUGUAGUACAUUAACUGAUUCUGUUUGACAUUUUUUUGCCAUGAUAGCAAUGCUGCACUUUGCAGAAUCCUAACUUGACAUCUUAAUUUUUAACUCUGACUUUAGUGUGUUGUCACUAGGACUGAUGUGCAUGUGUUGUAUACAUGCAAAUGUAGUUCUGCACGUGGGUCUCAAAUUGGGAUUCUGUAAGAGAAACGUGAUGGGUUUUUUGUUCUAAUUGAUUGAUAUAACAGUGUGUUAUACUAUUUAUGUUGACCAUAAGCUUCCUAAGACUACAUCAAAGACUGUUGAAAUGUAUGGGCUCCAGACUUGUCUGACCUCGUACUUUUGUUCUCCUGCCUGUGGAACCAUUGCCAUUAGAAUCAGUCAUUUGGGUUUUGAUUUUCCUUUCCAUUUGAAUCCCCAUUCUCUGUACAAAUUCAGCUUGAAAUGAAGUAUUUUCUUUUGUGAAUCGAUUUGCUUCGGAUGCCUUUAAUUGUCUGUGAUGUACAUUAAAUGCUGGUCUGCGUGACUGGUGCUGUCCCAGACUGCUGGUCUGCGUGACUGGUGCUGUCCCAGACUGCUGGUCUGCGUGACUGGUGCUGUUCCAGACUGCUGGUCUGCGUGACUGGUGCUGUCCCAGACUGCUCUUCAGUCUGGUGGAGACCCAGGUUAAUUAAGACCAUGCUGUGGUUUAGAGCUUUUAACCCUUUUCAGACCCAUAUUAUUUGAAGCAAAAAUAAUUUUAGUGUUCUGAUUAAUUGGGCAAGAGCAAUUGACCCUACCUCUUUUUCUAUAUAAAUUAUAUUGUUACUGUCCAUGAAGAUUGAUACUAAUGGUAUAAUAUUAUUAUUGUUAUUGUGUAAAUAACUUCAGAAAAGUGUGGUCUGCUUUAAGUUCAUUAAAUGUGACAGCAUUAGUUUGUUUUUGAGUUUUACGAAAUGUAUAUUGUACAACAAAAAAUAAAUAUGCUCUUGACUAAAAUUCUU